CUGUUUCUUUUUUGGAAGCAAUACUUCACGUUUAGUUAGGAUUACAUUGUUUGGUCAUUAUAUAUAAGAUAUAUGUAAAACAUAUCUGAGCAUAAACUCAGAAAAAAACACAAAAUAUCGAAAUGUGUUCUAAUGGCGAAGUUUUUCCUUGUGCUCUUUCUUACUUCCUGGUUGCAACAUAAUUUUCCUCAGCCUACCAAACUCACUGACAAUGUUGAGAUUUGAUUUUGGCACGAAGAUUGCGCCAAAUCGCUCAUAUGGAUUGGCAACAUUUUCCUUGGAAUAGAGAAAUUAAGUGUCGAAAUGUCCAUGGAAGACAGAGGUGGUCUGCAAAAGCCCAGAGAAAUAGAGACUAACUGAUGUAAUACAUUUCCAACCAUGGAAAGCGAUAAUGGUGCCGUGAGAGAAGGUGUGUUGGUACCUGUGCUACCAGGUUCGAAAAAGUUUGACAACAGCAUUCGGCCUCCACUGCAAAACUCCUACAUGUACAAGGAGUCUAAGCAGUCUUUCAGAUACAACUCUGCUUUCUUGAUAAACAAUGCCACUCUGCAGGAACGGUAUGAGGCUUUCCGAACAAAGAGGAGAGACAUGGGAUACACAGAGGAAGAAAUGGAGGAGUCCUAUGGCUUCUUGCUGUUUGACGACGAAAAUAAGGCAAAUAGAGUGGGAGAAACUGGUGUUGUCCCUGGACACAGCACAUGUACCACACUUGGAGAUCCUUCAAAGGGUGUGUACGUGUCCAAGUACUCGGACUGCCUGGACUUAAACCGCUGGUACCACGGGAAGUCUGGAUACAUCGCCAUCAUCAGGCUCACCAAGGGCAGGGUCAGAGAAGUGACUGAGAACUACACAGUAAACUACACCUCUCCCUCUAAUGGGUUUGACUGUCAUGUAUCAGAGCAGCUCAGUUCUGUGUCAGCCAACACCAGCUCCUUCCUGGCCUUCGAGAGAACACAGUACUACAUGUAUGAGCUGCCUGUUGGAAGGGCAGUCCAGCCUCCCAGCCAUGUCUGCCCAUUCGCUAUCGUGGCUUUCUCCUAUUGGGAUACCAAGACACCCGCAUCAGAGGAGAAGGAGAAAAGUGAGGAAGAAAAAACAGUCUUUCACUACUAUCCGUGGAGGGGCCAGCUCCAAAUCAGCUCUCAAAUCUACCAUGUGGGUCUGAAGUCCAGCACAGGACCCCUAAUCCCAGCUAAACUUCCAACAAUGAUGUCAGUUAACGGAGCAAUUCGAAUGUCAGAUCUGAGGCAGAAAUUACCGAAGGCUAUAUUUGAAACCUGUUUCUCCGGUGAAGUGUCUCUGGAAGGAAUGGGUUGUAGUCUGUAUGAGCUUUCACCCAGUGAGGCUGAAGACACCUCUCUCUCUCAGCUCACACAGGGCCUCAAGGAGAAAGACCUGGCCCUCACAAUACAACUGAAUGAUAAUGGUUUUCUUAUACUGUUACAUUCAUCUCACUUCCUCACAUAUGAAGAUACUGGGUCCAGUAAGCCAGAGGUAUUGCAGGGGAUGUUUGUGUUUCCAGACUCCAGAGCUAUACAUAGAGACACCAAGGUCUGCUGGAAGAAGCACUUCCUCUCACCAGAGUGCCUCCAGGUGGUGCCAGCACUGAACUACGCAGAGACAGAGGUGGAAAAGUGCCUCCCUUCACCAAGCGGGGAGCUACGUGGUUUACUAGAGCAGCAUAUCCAGAGCUACGCUUCCCUCAUCCACCCUGGGCUUACCAUCAGUCCAUCCAGGGAGGCCAGCAUCUUCCCAGAUCAGUUUGAUGUUCCCGACGCCCUCAAAUACCUAUACUCCGCCCCCAAGUGGACUGAGAUGGGAUGGAAACGUCUCAAAUCUUAUUUCCACCAGCCGGGCUCCUUUGAGCUGUCGGUGUCCAGAGCCACGGAGCUUCUGGUGGCAGGGCGAGAGGAGCGAGGAGAUGAGCCGGAUGAUGAUGUCUACUACUGUCUGUCAUCUCCAGAGGGGUCCCCCAUGAGUCCUGCUAGUCUGGGUGGCCCAGAGGAGCAGCAGUCAGGGGGAAAGUCCCCAGGAGACACAGCUGACUUUAGUAAAGCACUUGCAGUGUCAAUGGAGGACUUUGAGAAACCUGGUAAGACUAUGGAAGACAGUAAUGCACCAGACAAAGCAGUAAAGGAAGGGAAUAACUUGCUUUUGAAGGAAGUGCAAGAAAGGUUGCCCUCUGAUGUUAGCAAGCCUCUAAUCCCUGCAGAGGAUUUUGCGAAACCUGGCUUGAACAAGGCACACAGUAAAGCACCAGGGACAACUUUGCCUCCAAAAGAGGUGCAGGAGGAGCUCACCUCUAAUCUUUCUCAGCCUUCUGUGUCGGCAGAUGACUCUGAAAAACCUGGGAAGACCAAGGCUGACUGUAAUGCACCAGGGGUAAGAACAGAGGAUGAAGGGACAAGUUUGAUCCCAGAGGAGGUUGAAGUUGAUGUACAAGAAAAGGUGCAUUCUGAUCUUUUAGAGCCUGCAGUCUCUGCAGAGGACUUGAGGAAAGCUGACCUGGCAGCAUUGGGCAAGGCAGACUGCAACGCACCAGAGGUAGGAGUAGCGAAGGAAGAGACUAACUUGUCCCUGAAGGAGGUGCAAAAGGAUAUGCCCUCUGGUGUUUCACAGCCUCCAGUCUCUGCAGAGGUCUUGAGGAAACCCAGUCCGGCCCUGGCGACCAAGCCCAACAGCAAGGCACCAGAGGCAGGCGUAGAGGUUAAUAGGAGAACUUUGCCUCAGAAGGAGGUGCAAGAGGAGGUUCCCUCUGAUCUUUCCCAGCUUGCAGUGUCGUCAAAGGCUUUUGGAAUAGCCAGUAUGAGAGUGAUGAAAAAGGCUACAGAGGUGACAGAGGUUUCAAACUCACCUGCAUCAGGUGACCUCCCAACAGUGUUAGUCAUCACUGCCACUGAAAGAACUGCAACUGUUUUACCUCACAAUGAGUCCACCACAAAUAACUCCUCCAGUUUGCCUUGCGCCAAAGUACAGGAUAAGGGUGGGAGUGCUCUCAAUGGACAACGUGGCAAGGCCAAUCAGCCUUCAAAACCCACAGAGGUCAGUCAUUCCUCUAUAUCUGAUUGGAGGAAACGGCCAAGGAAACGUCAUAGAUUUAGCGGAUUUUGUAAAAGGAUCUUGAGGUCUACAGUGGCUGACUUUGAAGAGAAAGAAAAAGAGGACAUGGAAAGUAUGGAUUCAAGUGAAGUCUACCUAUUGAAAAAGAGGAAGGAACGGAUGGAUUUAUUUAAAGUUAACCCAUUGCAAAAGGAGGAAAGGAUGGAUGUAACCCCAGUUCACCCAUUGAAAAUGCCAAGAGAACUGAUGAAUUUGAUCCAAGAUCCCCCAUUGAAAAAGAAGGAAAAGAUGGAUGUGACCCAAGUUCACCCAUUGAAAAUGCCAAGAGAAUUGAUGAAUUUGAUCCAAGAUCCCCCAUUGAAAAAGAAGGAAAAGAUGGAUGUGACCCAAGUUCACCCAUUGAAAAUGCCAAGAGAACUGAUGAAUUUGAUCCAAGAUCCCCCAUUGAAAAAGAAGGAAAAGAUGGAUGUGACCCAAGUUCACCCAUUGAAAAUGCCAAGAGAAUUGAUGAAUUUGAUCCAAGAUCCCCCAUUGAAAAAGAAGGAAAAGAUGGAUGUGACCCAAGUUCACCCAUUGAAAAUGCCAAGAGAAUUGAUGAAUUUGAUCCAAGAUCCCCCAUUGAAAAUGAAAAGCAAGGAUUUAAUCCACUAUCACCCAUUGAGAAAUAAAGAAAGUAUGGAUUUGAUUCAUGACGACCAUCCUUUGAAAAAGAAGACCGAACGAUGGGACUUGAAGGCAAUCAUCUCCGAAUGUGGUAGAAUUUUUGUCCCUCACGGUUCAGAAGUUAUCGCCAAGGAUAUAGAAUCUUUGAAAGUUAAGGGGAAAGUGUUAGAUCACAAACAAUGUGCUGACGAGAUGAUGGUUGAAGCUUGUAUCAAAGUCCCCCAACCCAUAGAAACAGGAGAUGGACCUAACCUGGAGUUGAACAAGUCAGAUGAGAACAAUGAUAUGCCCAUAGGGAUGUUAGACAGUAAAGACAGUCUGCAUGAGGUCAAAAUGGCUGAUGUAGGCAAGAUGGCCUCUCUGAAUCCCACAGAACUGCUCCUGAACAAAGACACGGAUUCUCCUUCCUCAGGAAAACACAAAAAGAAGCGUCAAUAUGUCGCAAUAUCCCUCAGUCAACUAAAGACAGUCCUUUCAAGAGGGGGAAAGAGAAAUAAACCCAUCAAUCCUGCUCCAGAAGAUCAAACAUCACCCGUGAACAAGAAAAGCAAGGCUGAUACUCCUGGCAUGGAUGAAAUGGAAAAUGUUAAUAUCAACAAAGCCAACCCAGACAGAACCACAGGUGCUGUUGAAGUUGCAAAGGAACAGGCAUUUGGCCUAGACCCAAAGUUUGCACUAGCAUUAGGCUUGACUCCUACGGAGUUGCAUAAUGAUGUGGACAAAUCUCCGGAAAAAAGUGAUAUUCCAUUAAAGAAAGAUAUUCAGAGCAGACUGGACCUGGUACCACCUCAAGCCACAUCUGACCAAACGUCUGAGGCGUUGCCUAGCUCACCUUCAACAGCAAUCAUCUUGGCGAGUCAGAGGAGACCAUUCAAAAAGACACACGAACACGCAGACUCCAUUAGGAAAAAAUGGUGGUUGCAUUAUCGCUCACCAGCUGCUUUAGAAAGGGAGACAGUAGCUAUAUCCUCCCAACUAGUGAUACUUGACCCGGAUGUCAGCCGUGUUGUCAGUAGGAGUAGGCCCUGCGAAGGUGCCAGCGCUGUAUCGUGCCCACCUGCAGAGUCUCUGACCCUAUUGGCCGAUUUGGCUCGCAGUACCAGUAAUGACAAGGUACUAGAACAACAGUCAGACCCAAAGGCUCUUGAGAAACAAGAUGACCACCCAAGUUUGGUGAUAAGUGACAACAGUGUCAAAGAUGGCAUCUCUCCUCAUGAUCCAGAUGGUGAGCCAGAGUUUGUCCUUCCUGCUCUGCUGAAGCACCCUUCUGCUGCUAGGCUUAAACUCCCCCCUCAGUCUCCGUCACCCAAGGGGCUGGUGGUGGGGAGUGGGGAGCGGGUUGUGUUAGUCUCACAAGAGCAUUCAUACUCACUGCCGCCAUCCUCUCUACUAUUGGGUUUGUCAGGUUCAAUCGUUCAAGUCCCCAUUUCGGAGGGACUUCAGCAGCAUCGCAAGGAUAUCUUUGCUGACGGAACUCAAACACUACGGGCCUUCCUGUAUCAGCAGAAGGACCAGAACAGGAAGGAACCGGGAUUGGCUCGGGAAUCCCUGAGCAGAGGAAUCGGGUGCAGGCAGAAGUUCCAUCGCUUCCGGCGGUUCAUUGAAAAAGAUGGCUCAGUUCAAGUGACAAGACUGUGGAAGGAAAACUAUAACUUUAAUUCAGACAGCAAGUUUACCAACGACCCUAAGGAUAAAACAGUUAUUAGAGCCCUACAUGGCCCAUGGGAUUUUGACAUUAAGGACACAAAGGAACAGGUUCAGCUCAUUAUCCACAUGUGGAUAGGUCUUUUCUACAGUAGGUCCACUGCGAGGUUCUGCCAGGCAGACUCAAGUCUAACAUGUUUGGAAAAAAAGGAUUCUAUAGAAGUGGCUCAUGGAAUGGUACCAGCCCAGGUUCCACUUGGGACCAAGACAAGUUCCCCUGCUUAUAUAGCCCUCUCCAGGAUACCAGAACCUGACGUUUUGGACCUUAGUAAAAUGGGUAAAGAAAAAGCACAACCAUUAAGCUUGGAAGCUGAGGUAUUGGACCUUUCAAUGAAAACAACCUCAACUGCGCUAGACUCUCUCGACACAGAGUCUAAGCGGAGAAUAGAUUUGAAAAAUCAUCCAUCAUACCUACCAGCAACUGGCCUGCACAAUGAAACCAUCUCUUGUCCACAACAAAGUACAAAUGUUGAGUUAAAGGUUUACAGAGACCGUGUGGACAGCGCGAUGUCAGAAAAAUCAAGUGACCUGGGUGAUGAUGAAGACUAUGAAACCAACAACCAUGAGAAUGACAGCAAGGGUACCCUCCAAAAUGGUGUGUCCCCUUACGAAAGAACUUUGGAAAGUGAUCGAUCGUACAUACUUUUGUGUGAACAGGCAGCAAGUGUGUACAUUCAUCAAGAAAAGCCCCUGGAGACUCAAACUGCUCAGGUUUUGGAGGGCAACAACAAAACGCUCCUGGAGACUCAAACUGCUCAGGUUUUGGAAGGCAACAACAAAACGCUCCUGGAGACUCAAACUGCUCAGGUUUUGGAAGGCAACAACAAAACGCUCCUGGAGACUCAAACUGCUCCGGUUUUGGAAGGCAACAACAAAAAGCUCCUCCAAAAGGAGGAGGAGAUGAUGGGUGAUGGAGAACCAAGCGCAGUGUGUCUUAAAACCAUGGGCUCUAAGGAUGUCAAUAAGGAGCAACAACUUAAAGAUAACGAUUCAGUCAAAACAAUGCCAUGCACAGAAGUGCAGAUGGAUGGUGAUGCUGCCAAUAUGCCUGACACAGCUGAGCGUAAUGCAAAUGAAGCCAGAGAUGGGGCUCACGUUGUCAUCUGUGAUGGCAGUGAGUCAAAAGAGGAGUUGCACAAAGCAGAUCACAACGUGAAGGAUUCUGUUGAACCAGCAAAACCAGAAGCAGUGCAUGCUGGGAAAGAUACCACAAACAAGGAAAUUACUAAAGCACAAACUGCUGUGCAUGUUGGGAAGGAUUUCAUUGAUAACGAUAAGGCACUCAAAGCAGUGCACAGUGAAAAUGUUCCCAGAGAUUAUGGAAAUACCAAAGACCAGGUGCGAACUGCAAUGCAGGAUGGGAAUGAUACUAGAAAUGAGACCCUACCAGCGGUGAUUUGCGGAGAAGAUUCAGGGGAUAAAACACCACCCGUGGUGUGUGAUGGGAACACGUCUGAGGCUGAGACACUACCAGAGAUCUCACAUACUGAAAAUGAUUCCCAAAAAGCAACACUGGCAGUGGUGCAUGGUGGAAAUGAUCUGAGAGAUACGACACUACCUGUGAAAUGUAAUGGCAAGCUGUACAUGGAUGUAGAACCCACUGUAGUGCAUGAUAUAAAUGGUUCCACGGAUGAGGAACUACCAAUGGGGCAGGGUGGAGAUGUUUCUGCCGGGACUAGCAGAGUACUGCCAGAGAUGCAUGGUGAGAUUAAAUGUAAAGAUGUACUGCCCACGCAAGUAUUUCCAGUAUGCGAUGGGAACAUGCCUUUUGGAGGCGAGUUUGACACACUCAUUCAGCCCAAUAAUGUUUUAGGAGUGGCUAGACAUGAAAUAAAUGAGUCUGAUGUACAAACUAAAGAACAGGAAAAAGAAUUGAUGCAGGGUCAGAGUAAAUCUGAUGAUGUCACAACUCAAAGUUCCACAACAUUCCCGCCAGGGUCCCAACAUUCUCAAGACGAGACAUUAGAAAGACUGACAGGUCAGGUAGAAAUACCACUGAUUCCCAGUGAAGACAUCGCACACACAGAUGUUCUACAUUCAAUAGGUGAGGCAUCAGAGAUGGCGCAAGGUCAGGUAGAAAUUCCAUUUAUUGGAGUAGAAAUACCAUUUAUUGGAGUAGAGAAGAAUAGCCAGGAUAUCAAUUACACAGAGGUGCAUGAUUCUCCCCCAAGUCAGAAAGAGACAUUGAUCACAGUCUGUGAUAGUGCUAAUGUGUUAUCAGGUGAACUGCUAGCAAAAAUAUUUUCAAAGGGAACAGAAUCUGUCAGUCGAUGCCCAACUGUGGAUGAGGUGCUGUAUGGUUCCAUCCCCAUUCCUGACAUCUGCAGUGCCUCCUUGGCCAUCUGUGAUGACGAUGGGGUCAGCAAACCCCUCGGCACUGGGGAAGGUUACGGCAGAUGCCCAACUCCUACAGAAGACGAGCCACCUUUCGUUCCAGGAUUUUCUUGUGACCAUCACACACCUAACACUGUUUUGUUGCCCGAUGCGAAAGACACCAACAGUCCCAACCUCGAUAGUGGUCUUACGCUCAUUGAAAAUGAAAAGGAUCAUCAUGAACCAAGUCUUAGUCUCUAUAAAGCUAGGGCUGCUACUGGGUUGCACAAUCUGCAUAAAUCCAGCAACAAUAACAAACCAAAUAAUCUGGAAGCCAUUGAUAAUCGGUUCUCUCAAUUAUUGGCUGAUCCUCGCAAGAACCCAAUCGCCACUAGCACACCUCUCAACACUCCCUCAUCUUCUUUAAAGGAAAGAAGCGAUGACGAUCCAUAUUCAAAUACGCGACUUUCCGCUGUUGAACCAGACCUGCAUGCUCAUUCAAGUCGCCAUGCGCUGCAUAGUUUCUCUUACUCGUUUCCCAACACCCACUGUUCUUUAACAGAGAAAGCUGCCUUCUCUGUGCCAUCAAUCCACCCGGAAGUCCUGUCCAAUGAAACAACAUUAGCUGGGAACUUUAGUGAAAUUGCUUUAGAAAGAGAGACUUGCUUGCGUCCUGAUUUAAGUGAGCUCAUCCUACAGUCCACCCGUCUGAGUAUUCCAGCGAGCAGUGAACCUACAGCAGCUCCUCAGAACUUUUCAGUGCACAGUUUUACUCAGCCCCAGCCAAACAGCCAGAAACCUGCCAUGAUUGUGAAUGUCUCCACGAAUGAGGACAGCAGAGGACAGUACAACUGGGAAGAAGGACAAACAGAUAUUGACCCUAUGUCUUCAGAUGUCCUAAAAAGCAAACAAACCGAUACCCCUGUCCGCUCAAACACUAAUGUUCACCCUUAUAACACACAGUAUGCCACAGAGAUGAGACAGAUUGCAGGUUUGCAAGAUUAUGAGGAUGUUAUGGCUGAUGAGAAUGUUAUGGGUGAUGAUGAGGAUGUUAUGGGUGAAAAUGAGGCACCUUCAGUAGAUAAAGACAACAUUGAAUCCAGUUUAGAGACCAAUUGGAUAUCAGAUGACAAACAUUUAAGAAGUAAAUUCCGGUUAAAUAAAACAAGACUUGACUUCAUCAACUCUUUACGCCAGUCUCAGGAAUGGGAGCAAAGGGAAUUUGAUGCGGUUUUGGACUUCAACAAGCAAGGCACUUCCUCAUCAGUCACCAUCCAGUCUGAAGAAUCAGACAAAAUACUUUCCCAUAUGGAAGAGAACCAACAGGAGUGGUUAAAGUAUUGUAGGGCUAAGAGGAGUGGCAGCCAGAAGGAUAUGACCAAGGAAGAAGACUCCUCAGUGGCAAAGCCACGCUUAGUUACCGUUUUGGAUCACAAAGGAAACAGAAUCACCUAUGAAAACUAUCCCGUUUUAAAACCUACAGCAAGCAUGCACACAUGGACAGUUCCUGACUCGAACAGACAGGGCUUGAGCAGUUUUCUGGAGUUCUCCAAGAGGUGGGAUGAUACACAUAACGCUGAUGAAUCUGAUCUUACUCAGUCAUCUAUGGAUCUGGAGACCCUCAUCUUCUCAGAGAGAAUGAACCAGAUGCUAAAAAGUAAGAGUAGUAGCAGCAGCAGGUACAUCCGAUCGAGACACCGCAGGUCAAAUGUAGAAGAAAGAGCUUCCACCAGUAGCCCGGCUGUGACAGUGCACUUUUCUAGUCUACAGGAGGAUCAGGACGGCUCCGAGGAGCACUGGGAGGCGAUACCAUCACUUGCAGGACAAAAGAUCAGAGUGGAGAUGCCUGAAAGGAUGGCUAUGCCUGAAGAAAUAGAUGGAGAACCUCAGCAUCUUAAGAAACUUUCCUGUACAAAGGGCAGUGAGAUGACGCAUGUAAAAGUUUCAGAUCUGGUUGUGGAUAGUUUCAGGGUGUACCAUGCUAUGAUGACUGAGGUCUGUGCAGGCAAAAAAUACCCAUCCAGAACUGAGAGACUCAAGAGAGAAGACACAAAGAGAAACAGUUCGCCAAAGUCUCGAGCUCCAAGCAAAGACAAAGACUUCUGUGGGCAGAUGAAGGAGGACAUGUAUGACAGCCUGCAUGAUAAUCUGAACUCUGUUGUGAGACAGUCAUGUAAGAACAAGUUCAGGUUCUACAUACUGGUGACAUCAUCUGACCCAUUCUUCAGAGAGACGAAGGAGCUGUUAGAAGCAGAGGGCCACAUUGCGGUAGAACAAUCUCAAUUCUGCCUUGGAAAGGAUAGUCCAUUGUGCCCUCUACACAUCAUCUUAAGGAACGAAGAUAUCGCUGAACACAUUUGUGAGGUCCCUCACUUGCUUGAGUUAAAGAAGUCUCAGAAUGUGUUGUUUGCUGGUAUUGACCGUCCUGAUGACAUCGUGAACCUGACCCACCAAGAACUCUUCAGCAAAGGCGGUUUCGUGGUGUUUGAGGGAGCAGCUCUGCACACACUCAGUCUCAGCAACAUGAAGAAAAUGUCUGGUUUCCUGGAGGGAUUGAGUAAAAAAGGGAAGUGGAAAUGGCUCUUGCACUACAGAGACAGCCGGAAGCUGAAAGAGAAUGCACGGUCUAGUGCGGAAGCACAGGGCAAAAAAAUCUUCAUGGACAUCUGCCAGGAGGCUGGAAUGGUGGAGGUCUUACCCUACCAUGAAUGUGACGUCAUUUCAAGGGAACGACCCAACUACCUCCACUGUCUAGUUCGCCUACAGGUCCAGAAUGUAUCGGCUCGUUUACCUGUAUUUAUAACUGACACAACGGCAGACAAAGCGUUUGCAAAACAUGGGAUCUUCACAAUGAAUAUAAACUCUUUCCUGCUGAUUUCUCAGAGUGACACAUGCACUAUUUCUUAAGCUGAUGGGGAAGCUGUCCACAGAAGUCCUCAGUACAUCAAAAUGCAAUAGCAUUCUAUUUAUAAAGCCCUUGUUUUAGUUGUCAGAAAGUUGUCAAAGUGAUUUAAAUUAACCCAACCAAGAGGCCAAUGAGCAGCGGCAAAGAAAUACUCUAAGGAAACCUUCAAACCUCGAGAGGAACCACUCAGAAGGGGGAGGCCCCUUUAAGAAAUAAACAUUUCUAUUCCAAAAUCAACUUUUUGUGGAAUUCUUGGGAGUUCUCUCAGAAAUGUAAUACAUACUGACAAUCUAACCCAGAUCUAAAUCAUUGUAGUGUAAUAAUACAAAAAAAAAAAAUUGUUUAUAUCAAGGCUAUGAACAUUUACUUAGAUCAACGUUUUGGUUCCUUUGUGUAAAUUGCCUUUAAUUUCAUGUAGAUAUAUUUAUUCGUAAUAUUUUUUUUUUUAUAACAGGUAGAUUGUGUAUAGAUUAACAUCUGCUUCGGCAUUAUAUUUCUUCAAUUGUGUAUUUAUAUGUUUGUAAAGACAUUUAUUGUACUUAUAAAUAAAUUGAAGUAGUGUU